AUGCCAGUUUUAGAAGAUUACCAGAAGAACUUUUUGGAGCUUGCCACGGAAUCCAAGGCGUUGAGAUUUGGUGAGUUUACGUUAAAGUCUGGCCGUAAGUCUCCAUACUUUUUCAACUUGGGUCUUUUCAACACGGGGAAGUUGCUUUCGAACUUGGCUACUGCUUAUGCGAUUGCGAUUAUCCAAUCCGACUUGAAGUUUGAUGUUAUCUUUGGUCCAGCUUACAAGGGUAUUCCAUUAGCGUCGAUUGUGUGCGUGAAGCUAGCUGAGAUUGGGGGCUCGAAAUUCCAAGAUGUGAGAUAUGCUUUCAACAGAAAGGAAAAGAAGGAUCACGGUGAAGGUGGGAACAUUGUUGGUGCGGCAUUGAAGGACCAGAGGGUGCUUAUCAUUGACGAUGUGAUGACCGCUGGUACCGCUAUCAACGAAGCUUUCGAGAUCAUUGCGAAGGAGGAAGGUAAGGUUGUGGGUACGAUCAUUGCCUUGGAUAGACAGGAAGUUGUGAACACAGAAGAUGCAGAAAGAUUGAGUGCCACUCAGGCCGUCUCAAAGAGAUAUGGAAUCCCAGUGCUAAGCAUCGUGAACUUGUCUAAUAUCAUCAGUUUCUUAGAUGGUAGAAUAUCUCCAGAGGAAAGAGAAAGAAUGGAAAACUACCGCCUAACAUACGGGGUGUCUGAGUAG